GCUUUCUAUACAAUUUUCCCUCAUUUGAUAGAAAUUUUCCCUUGAAAAUAGCUUUGUUUCUGUCACUAAUCGUCUGAGAAUUUCUUUCGCUCAGGUAAAAUUAGUUUUGAACGGGAUGGUUGAGGAAUACAAAUGUAGAUUUUGCCCUGCAGUCUUUUCGACGCCUCGUGCUCUUCGGGGACAUCACAGAAGCCACAGAUCAGAAAAUAUUGAUGAAAAAAUUCAAGAGACAUUGAAUCUUCCUGCAAAGCGUGUCGCUUUACCGUCUCCGCGAGAACAAGAAAAGCGAAUUGCGGUACCGGAAAAUGAAAGGCAGGUUGGAGGACGUGGCUAUGGUGUUUCGAACCUGCAACCUCCUCUUCGUUUUCCUUCUUCCACUACAUUUACAGUUCUUCCUACAGGACUGGCUCCGCCUCAGACUCAGCGACCCGACAUUAAAAAUUUAGACCCAGAACUUCUUUGCAGAGCACCAAAAUGUUAUCCUGUAGUUUCCAGCGCUGACACACAACAAUUUCAGCCGCAAGCACAAUAUCUUUUCAUUCAUGAUCCACGGCAAUUUGAACAACAAUUAGAUAAUGAUAUGCUGCAUUUCCCUGCUAUUGGCUCUCCGGAUAAUUUCAAGGGUGUUUCGCAACAUAAUUUGGUGAAUUCUUCUUCUAGUAGUCUUCCAAGUGUUGUUGAUCGUGGUGCAGGACAAUUUCAACAAAUGGAUCAGAAUUCCCAAUCUACUCAGAAUGUUUUGAAUCCCUCGCAACAAUUUCAGCAAGAAAGGGAUAAUUCUGAUACUCUUAGCUUUGACGAAAUUCUCGAGUCGAAAUUGGAUUGGCAUGAUCUUUGGAAAUGUCUUGAUAAUAAUUCGCAAGAUUCACCUUCUGAUAGUCUUUCCAUGAGUGAUUCACAACAAUUUCAACAACGGAAUCAGUCUCUGCCACCGUCUUCUCCUAUUGGCCUUCAUAAUAUUUCACAGCAAUUUCAGCAUCAAUGGAAUCAAGAUUUCGAGUUGGAACGGGAAGAAAUUAUGAAAUUUAUGGGUUUUAAUUCGCAACAAAUUCAGCAACAGCGUGACUUCAAAUACAACUUCCGCAUCCUCGAUGAAAUUAUAGAAGAGAUUCGCAAGUACUUCAGCGACAGCAAUGUGCAGUAAUCUUCUCCAGUUAAUCCCCUUUCUUCUGCUUCUUUUAACCUUCCGAAUCUUCUCACCAGCGGCUCGCAGAAAUUUCAACAAGGGGAAGAUCUCUAUUUUCGCCUCCUGACAAAUUUCAAGAUGUUAUGAGGAACAAUUUACAGCAGUAAUUUAAGCUGCCCUUUCUUUCUUUCUUUCUUUCUUCUUUUGUGAUUAUGUAUUAACACAUCUCCAUGACAAAGAGAGUGGGUGUCAUUAUUUGAGUCCACGUGGCACUGUAAUGUAUAGGCCACUGUGCAACAAGGCCAGUCAAUGUGGACCAGUUUAUUUUCAUGGCAUCAUAGCAUUUCCUAUACAUGGAGUAGUGGAAAUUAUUUAUAGAUAUGUUAUGGUGUGAAGCAUGACUAUUUGUUUUAGCAUAAUUAUACUAAUGUCUAUCU